CUGAACUCACGGGCAGCAUCGAACACGCGCUGGAGGCAGCUGAUAUUCCAGGUCAGCCUUGGUUCGACGGAGGCCUCUUCUGGAGCUGUCCGUGCGCCUCCGAUUUCCGCCAAGGCCGCCGUAUCCGCCGCUUCUCUUCGGCGCGACCUUCCCCGCGACCUUCGCCGCGACCUUCCCCGCGACCGCCCCCCCCAACCUUCCCCCGUCCCUUCCGCCGUUCCAGUUGCGCAUAGUGGUCUGCUUGGCUCAAGGUCCACCUGCUUGUUACAACCGCCUGCUUGUUACCACCACCUGCUCGUUAAACCGUUGUAACAACUGUUGGAUUUUCGGUGACCCUUCUCCAGAUCCGAUUGCCGAGCUGUCAGCCGCAUAUCGCCUGGGUGACGGCGGCGUGACUAUAUCGCGUACUGCAUCGCUGUAUCGAAAAGGAGGCAGGAAUCCGUGACCAUCUGGUCGUGAACGGCUACACGUGUCAAUCCGUUUCAACCCGAUAGUACACGUGUCGAGACGCGAUGUUGGGCGUGCUGACGGGGCUGCUGCGAGGCGCGCGGUGCCGGCCAAGGGCUUUAAGUACCUGACGGCGAAGCGCGGCCCGAAGAACUACUACAAGGGCACGGGGAGCCGCACCAUGGGACGACACACUAAGAAAGGCGGUUACAUAUUGAUGGAGGAGAAAAUGCCAACCUACCUCGUGCCUGACCUCACAAACUGCCAG